CCAGAAGGUUUCUGGCGGCCCCGGCGCCAUCUUGCAGGAUCCUGUGACCGAGUGGGAGUGGAGUGGAGCGGCCGUUGUUGCCGACUCUUUCCUUCUCCCCACGGUCCAGUGAGCGGGUUGAUUAGACAAUUGGCCCUCAAGCCGAGACUUGUCUCUUAUUUAAUUCUGGGGAGCGCCUGGCCGACAUGAGUGAUGUAGAGGAGAACAACUUCGAGGGCAGAGAGUCUCGCUCUCAGUCAAAAUCUCCAACGGGAACUCCUGCUCGUGUAAAAUCGGAGAGCAGGUCAGGAUCUCGUAGUCCAUCAAGGGUUUCCAAACAUUCUGAAUCCCAUUCUCGAUCAAGAUCAAAAUCCAGGUCGAGGUCAAGGAGGCAUUCUCAUAGACGUUACACUCGAUCCAGAUCCCAUUCUCACUCUCACAGGAGACGAUCUCGAAGUAGGUCAUAUACACCAGAAUACCGGCGUCGAAGGAGCCGAAGUCAUUCUCCAAUGUCUAACCGGAGAAGACAUACAGGCAGCAGGGCGAAUCCAGAUCCCAACACUUGUCUUGGAGUGUUCGGCCUCAGUUUGUACACAACAGAGAGAGAUCUUCGUGAAGUGUUUUCUCGAUAUGGACCACUGAGUGGUGUCAAUGUGGUUUAUGAUCAGCGAACUGGACGAUCAAGAGGAUUUGCUUUUGUUUAUUUUGAGAGAAUAGAUGACUCAAAGGAGGCUAUGGAAAGGGCAAAUGGAAUGGAGCUGGAUGGUAGAAGAAUUCGUGUGGAUUAUUCUAUCACCAAGAGAGCACACACACCUACACCAGGCAUCUACAUGGGCAGACCAACUCAUAGUGGCGGUGGAGGAGGAGGUGGUGGAGGUGGUGGUGGAGGUGGAGGUGGCGGCAGACGUCGUGAUUCUUACUAUGAUAGAGGAUAUGAGCGUGGUUAUGACAGAUAUGAAGACUAUGAUUACCGGUACAGAAGAAGAUCACCUUCUCCUUACUAUAGUCGAUAUAGAUCACGAUCAAGGUCUCGUUCCUACAGCCCAAGACGCUAUUGAUAGAAUGGUUGCAGUUGAGGACAUCUUUUCUUUUUCUCUCUUUCUUUACGUUGUUUAAUUCUGGAUUUCCCUAAGCUUCUCAUCCUUCCUACAUCUUAAAAAAUAAUUAAAAAAAAAAUCUUUGGUUUAUUUAGCAUCUACACUUUGUCACUUGUAUUGCUGUUUUCCAUCCCUUUUAUUAUACUCUUAAAGAUAUAAUUGUCAUUUUGAGUAGUUAAACAUCUUGAACAUCUUGAGUAAAAAAGAACCCCCAGUGUUAUGCUUUUUUUUGUUGUUUUAUUUUUUGUUUGUUUUAUUUUACUUUUACAGAAAAUUAACUCGGCUAAUCAAAUGAGGGGAAAAAAAUAAUCUUUUUAAAGCUUCUUUUGUGUUAGAUAUUGUAUUAGAUAUUGUAUUAGAAAUCUGCAUUUACGACGAACUCCUUUUUUAACUUUCUUUUGGGGAAAAUAGUAACACUUGAAGUAGUUCAGUCGUCAAAUUUGCCUGGGGUGGCAUGGAGCAGUCACAUAGUUGAGUGUAGAAAGUUUGAAGCUAUGAAAGAAAACACUUGGUCAUUUCUUUUGAAGAACGGCAUUUUUGAACCCUAAAAAUUACGUCAUUUUUUAAAGAUAGAAAGCUUGUGGACUCCUAUAAAACAUGUUGUAUUUAAAAUACAUCUGUUAAAACUUAAAGUGUGGUUUUUGUAUUGAAUUUAUUGAAGUUUUGAGUAUUAAUCAGUGAAGGACAACCUUUAUUAUUUAUUACUUAGAGCAAUUGUAUACUUUGCUGUUAGAAAUUUUGGUAUUGAGACAAUGGUUAAGCAGCAGGCUAUUGUAUACUAUAGAGUUCUUAGAGGAUACGUGUGGGGAAAAGUAGUCUCCUUUCAAAUAAAAGUUAAUUUCUUUGAAAAUGGGACUCUCUUUAUUGUGUUACAAUGGGAAAAUAAAACUGGAUUGAUUUGGUAA